AUGUUGCAGUAUAAAAAAAAAACCCUGGCUCCAGUAACAGCGUCACUGCGACCUCAAGACGUACAGUACAGAUCCAGCCAAGUUCCUAGUCAAGGGAUCAUUUACCUGAUUACUUCGGUGGAAGAUGGAACCCGAAAACUGCAGGAAUGGGGUAUCCCGACGCCGAAACCGCAGAAGCAGGACUGA